GUCAGUAGCUUCAUCCACGGAUUUCAUCCGUUUGAUCUUCUCGAAAGUCCGAAUCAUCAGAUCCUCGCUCUCCAUUUUGGGUAUUGUGGAUGUGAAUGCCAUUGACCCUAAUUGCGUAACAAAGUGAAGAGGUCCGUUCCGCGUGGACGCGUCUCUUUAAUUGUUAUCAUUUCCAUAAAACACGACGGUCAAAUGGGAUUCGGAAGAAGCUCGCGUUCAGAGUUUCACGUUUCAAUUGUUGCGUGAAUCAUGUGUCUCCGAGUUGAAGCAAACAACUACUAGAAAACGCGUGCUUCAAUUGUUUUCCGCGUUUCACGUAUCAAUUGUUCCACGGCCAACCGGGGUUUCAACAAUGACAAAGUAAACAAUGGAUGAUGGACUUACCGCUCGUUGCCGAAUGGACCGAUUUUCCUGUACUUCCAUCGCAGCAACAUCAUAGGACUUUCCGCGCUACUAUCGCACUCGCACUGAAAGACCCGAAAGGCCUCAAUGGCUCAGGUCGCUCCUCGUUCAUCCAACCAUGAAUGGGCUUUUUAAAAAGCAUUACGAAAACAACACGAAGAGGGGAUUUCCUGUACGAUUUGCACACACGAAAUUCCGGAAAGGCAUCGCCAAUUGUGCAAUCAGUGUAAUUAAUACCAAUUAAAAGAUGAUUAUAAUUACAAACAUUGCAAAUUCGCACAUUCGCAAUUUAUAGUAAUGCUGCAGCAGAAUAUGGUGAGGAGUUUUAAAUGAUGGAUAUUAACAUUGAAAUGCGAGAAAAGCAACUGGAGAAUUUCGAUCAGUUUAUAUCGAAUUCAAAGAGUAAUUUAGAUGAUAUUCUGUCCACCCUGGAUUGGACUGCAGACAAGAUCAAAGCUGAAAACAAGAGAACAAUAUGCCCACAAAACCCUGGUCAUUUGAUCCAUUUGAAAGGGUAUAGGGAGCAUGUCGAUGAUUGCAGCUUGAAAGUCAAUGGUUAUGACUUGAAGGAGAAUUUCCUUGCAGAGCCUGGAGAAAGAGGCGAUUCAAAUGUUUAUUUCGAUAAAGCUGAAAAAAUUAAAAUUUUAUCGGAAGCCCAUUACACAGUACCUAACUUUAGAACAGGUUGGAACGGAAUGGACGAGGACCCCAAAACUGCGGACAGAUUAAUGACUACCUACAGUCCGGAUGAGAGGUUGGCACUAUAUGAGAGGGCUAGGAUCGCCGCUAAAGCUCCGAAAGAAGUACCCGAAUUCAAUUUGACUGGAGCUGUUAACGAAGCGAAUAACAAAGAGUUGACCUACGAGGAGGUGCUGGAGCAGGAAAGGAACGCGAAAAGGAGGAGGAUCAAGUACAAGUCGGUGCAUACGAGCAAGAAAAAUCAUACGGAAGUGUUGAGGGAUGUGAUUAAGAAUCAAAUGGAGGCAUACGAGGACUGGAUCAAGGAGCAGCAAGAGGGAUCCCAGAAAUCGACGAGUAGGAGUAGCGUGCAUUCCGGACAUAGCAGAGACUCGAAACGGCGGAGGUCAAGGGAAAGGAGCAGCAGGCGGUCAUCACACGAGCAUCAAAGCAAAUACAGAAAGAACAGAAAUUAAUUAAUUUAACGUGCCAAUUAGUGUUUUAAAUAUUUGUUUUGUAUAUU